AUGGGACCUGCGGUCUCCCAGCCAAUAAGUGACUACAUCGAAACGCGCUUCGGCAGUCUUUUUUUGAAGUCACCCGUCUUUCUACGCCAUAACAAAGCUUCCCGAGGGCCUACUUUAACGUUCAAGAUUCAUCCUUAUGGAUGUAAUUUCAGCCCAAAGGAGGCCAAACAUGAUGAUGAUGAUGAUUACAAAGCCUACGAAUCAGCUCCCCUUGUGGUGCUCAACAGCUUUUCCGGCCAAGGGAAGCAUCUGAAGCUUAUGGCACAGAUGCUGCAGAAUAUGUUUCUCACAAUUAACGUGUCCAUGAAGAAGAUGCUGAAUAUUUCAAAGAGGAAGUUAGAGUGGAAUCAGAUCGAGAUCUUCUUUCCCCCGUAGAUUCAAAACGUC